AUGUCUUCAGUCUCUGAGAGCUCCGUGGACGAGUCGGAUUCCAUGUACUCCGAUGUCUCACCAGCUCCAGCGAGCCAUCUUCAUGGCGUCGAAAUCAUCGCAAUAGAUAGCAGCGAUGAUGGUGGGUACGAGAGAGAUGACGGGAGACAGGCUAUAGAGCUGGAUGAUGGAGAUUCCGAAGAGCAGGACUCUGAGAUUGUGACGGAUAACGAGUUUGAGAUGCAGGCUGGGUUCGGUAACGACGCCUCAAUGGAGGACGAAGAGGACGAAGGAGACGAAGAGAUCAACGGAGAGGAUGAAGAUGAAGAGAGCCGUGAUGCCGAAGACGAUGAAGAGAGCGUUGGGGAUGCUUGGAAGGCGAACGGAGUUCUUCACAAUGGCAUCAACGGCACAUUACCUGCGCCUGCACCGGUCUCUUAUCCAUCUAAAAUUCGCACAGAAACGAUCACACUAUCUGAAACCCCCGAACCACCCCUCCUUCUACCAGCAGGUGUAAAAGACGCUCUUCAUCCACUACAACACACUGCAGAUCGCGUUGUCAGACAGAUAGAAGCCUAUGCGCAAAGUCUAGACAACUUUAGACGACAAGGGCUCCAACCGGGUGACACUCGAGCAUUUCAAGAAGCGUGCAAGCUUGUGAAGAAAUAUCAGCAAAUCGCUGAAGAUACUGCAAAGGAACUAUCACAACCCACCGGCGCUCGGAAAUCACUUAGGUCUUCCACUCUAGUGAACCUCAGCCAGAGUUACAAGCCAAACGUAUCCGUUAGCAAGGAUGAAGAGGCCAGUAUCAGACGGUGGCAAUUAGAGGCUGACACAUGGGGGUUGGUUUUCCACCUGCUUGCGGUUGGCGAUCCUGAAUCGCACCUUCAAGCGCAGCUUAACCAGAAGACAGCAUUGCAAACCCUCCAUCGAUACUCGACGGACCACGAUAUCUGGGAGACCUUUUUGAAAACCGACCAUUUCGCAGUGGAGAACGCUGUGAUGCUAAAAUGGCUGGAAAACACUGCAAAGGCUGGCAUUGAAGUCAUGGAGUCAACAAUUUCUAAGCUGGAAAUGGAUGCGAACCGAGGUGAGGGCUUAUGGGCUCAUGGCUGGCUAUACACAAAGGAAGCUAUCAAGGGUGCAAAACGACUACGAUCAUGGCCCCAACCCCUUGAACCCGACGACCCAAGUGUCACCGCUUCUCUCCUAAGUUCGUCGCAUAAGGAGCCUCUAAUUACUCAACUUGAUCCCGAUGCGGUUACUCGACAAGGUCUCGGCCUCCAGAAACAAGAUCAGUCUUUUGAAGAGGCAACAUGGCUAGAAUGUUGGAAGAUGAUUAGAACCGGCAAAGACUGGCUGUCUAUUCGAGAAUGGGCCAAGGAGCGCCUUGAAAGCUGGCGAGCAAUCAGUUUGUGCGGUUCUGCUGGAGAUUCGUCUCUUUCCGCCAAUGACCCUGCUCACUCUAGUCUUCUUCGAAUGAUGAAUUACCGCUCCCAGGAGACUUGGAGAGCUGCUUGCUCAGUCCUUGCCAAUAACCCCAACUCCAACCGUUACGAACGGGCCGUUUAUGCCCUGAUAGCUGGAGAAACCGGUCCCGCAUAUGAAGUCUGCCAAAGCUGGAGUGACUUUGUUUACGUCAACUGCAACCAUCUUCUUCUUUCCCGGUAUCGGGACUUUUGCAAGCAGCUUCAGCGGAAACUUAGCUAUGCUCCCAAGGGCGAGGUUGAGCUACGCGUUGACCCUCCGCAGUAUAACAGCAUACGCAACUUUUUGGAUACAUUAGUCAAAGACCCACGAACGGCUAAGGAAUCCAAAAACCCAUAUUGUACCAUACAGGCUGCGAUAUUGGGCCAGAGCUAUGACCAAUUCUUUAAUCUCCAGGCGAACGCUCUAGCCAAAGUAGCCCAAGAGAGUGGAGAGCCUACCCUUAUACCCGAUAUUAGCUCCAUGAGAACCUUUGACCAGCCAACAUUGAUUGCUGCGAAGGAUAACGAUUCUCUACGGCUUACGGCGCAUCUAUACCUCAUUUUGCGCGCUGUCGGGCUGGUUCGUUCUGAUUCGCAUUACUCUGCCACCGCUUCUAUCAAUGUGGCAAGGUAUAUUGACUUCCUCCGGGAAUCUGGCGCAACGAGGGAUAUCCCACUCUAUGCUUCCCUUCUCCCCCGUGAUAUGGGCAAUGAGGUCCUUGGAAAGGUUCUCAUCGAAGUGACCGAUCCAUCCGAACGAGAAUCCCAUAUUCAAAUGAUGAGACGUCUUAAGAUUGACACUUCUGCCAUGAUCCAAAGCCAAUGGCGAUGGGUGCUGAAGGAAGCAGACGAGAAAUUCGACCCAAAGCCGAUCAAACUUAUGAGAACAGUUACAACUGGUGGUGAGCGGCCAGGCAAGAUCGGACAUAUCAUGAAAGGAUUCAUCUCGAGAUCCAAAGUCUCAGCGGAAGAUGAGAAGCUGAUUCGUUGUAUCGACUGGCACCGAUAUAUCAAUGGCCAGUGGUCGAGAGUAUGUAUUCUGGGAACAUACCUUUACAAACGAUUCAUCACUGCCGGUAAAAUCUCUACUGCUCGCGAAAUGUACAAGCGCGCAAAGCUACAUCAGACUCUCAUUGACAUGACCAACCGUGGCCAAGGCCCAUCACUGGAACUUGUGCAAGAAAACGGCGUGUCCAGCCCUACCUCAGAUGCCAUUUCCGUGCAGCAAAAGGCUAAGGUGACCGAGAAGCUUACGCGUGAGCAACUCUUUUUGCAGUCAGAGACCAUGCUAGAACUCGAGCAGCUCCUUCAGUCCUUUGAUGCCAUUGAAAAAUGGGGAGAUCUUAUGGACGACUAUACACAUUGUUCGGAUGCAUCCCAGAAGCCCGCGAUAAAGAAGAAGCUCCAUCCCGCUCUAGAUGCAAUUACCCGUGCGAUAGAACCUCUUUGUACCGACUGGCUCAUUCAACCAAUUGAUGACGCCGAGGCCAAAGAACUCGCUUUUAUACGAUCAACAUACCUCCCUGAGAUUAUCCUGGCAUACCACACAGCCCUCUACUAUUCAGGGCACAUACUUGGCCGCGAAAUCCUUGCUCAAUGCAUGACUCUCGCUACCGUCGUUUCAUCGUCGCCGACCAUAACGGAAAGCUUUAUGGCAUCAGGGCGGAUGGGCGAGCUCGUAGAUGCGCUUACCUUGUCUAGCUUUGCAAUGAUGGGCACAGGACAAUCUAAAUUGAAGCGUAAGCUUCCUAACGGAGGGACCAACGAUAUCUGGAGAAUCCGGCCGAUCAAACUAGAUGAGAAUGAGGAAGACGGACAAGACGAUGAUAUCCAUGAUGACAAGAAAGUCAGGCUUAAUGGAGGCGAGAAUGGCGCGAAUGGGAACCAUGUCUCCGGGGUUUCAACACCGGCUGCAGUCCCAGUAGCAUAG